GCUUGCAGGAAUACACCAGGAGAGGGGGGGAGAAGAGGCGGGCCAGGAGGCCGGGCUGGCUUGCAGGAAUACACCAGCAAGGAGAGAGGGGGAGAAGAGGCGGGCCAGGAGGCUGGGCUGUCUUGCUGCGGCGGAGAUAGGGGGAAGAAGCGCGGCCUGGAGCGGGGGAAGGUGGAGUGCAAAUCAAACCUGUGGUUAGGCCUGGGGUGGGCUACAGUAGGAUCACGAUAGAUCAUGUGUUCACGUUGGUGAGGCCAGGGCCGCCCAGGUCGCGCGCACAAGAUUAACCUCUCCCUACGACAGAGGUCCGCUUUCGGGAGGAAGAAAGCAAAAAAGAAAAAGAGUCUGAAGAAAGCAAGAAAACCAGACCUCUGCUUCACGUGCCGCCGCCCACGGCAUUUCUGAUCACUGACGAAGGUGGUUGGCCAGCAACGUGCCUGCACACACACACACACACACAGAGAGAGAGAGAGAGAGAGAGAGAGAGAGAGAGAGAGAGAGAGAGAGAGAGAGAGAGAGAGAGAGAGAGAGAGAUGUCUGUUGUUCGCCUGCCUGCUCGGUGUUGUGCAUCAAUGUCGGCACUUUCCGUGAUUCCGGCGGAGAUAACGGGGCUUCGCUGCCGGCCGUUGAUCAAGUCGCUGCGAGGGCGGCGGCGAUACUUCCCUUGCGUCGGAGGGAUCUCCGCCGCAAGGGAGCCGCCGUUGUUGGCAUGGUCAUCGCGGAAGAGCUUCUUUGGGGGUUCGUCCUCCCGAGCAACGACGGGAAAAGUUUUGGCGGGAGAAUCUGUGGAGGUGGCGAUGCGAAGUUCAAACUCGGCGUUUCCCGCCCAAACUUCUUCUUCCCCAAUGCUCGUGCCGCUGACGUGUCGGUCUGGAACUGGUCUAUGUAAUAGCAUGACGGGGUACUGCGCGCGGGAAACGACGUGGCUACGCGGGACAGCCACCUGCGCCAUCCCCCCGCGCAAUGCUGGGAAGGUCGCAAUGGAGAUGAGCGGCGGCGGCGGCGGCGGCGGGUGCGAGACAGCGCAGGUGGCUGUCGAUGACGUGGCAAGCAAUCAGCAGUCGGAGAGGCGGCGAGCUAGCAGCAGACAGAGAGGCGCUGGCGGGGGGGAUGGCCGUGGAAGGGGAGGAGGAGGAGGAGGAGGAGGCGUACGGGGAGGGGGAGGGGCAAUCGGCGGGAGUGUUGACAGCACGUCAUCUCGGGAAGACGUGAGGGCAAUCAGGCUGAAGAAGGUGGAGGAGCUGCGCGCCGAGGGCGUUGAUCCGUUCGCCUACAACUUCGCUCGAACCCAUCUGGCGGCGGAGCUCCAGGACAAGUACCGGGAUCUGGACAACGCAGCUGAGGCGGCAGGGGAGACCGACCACGUGGCAGUCGCAGGGCGCAUUGUUGCUCGCCGUGUGUUUGGCAAGCUGGCCUUCUUGACAAUCAAGGAUGAUAGCGGUACAAUCCAGCUAUAUUGCGAGAAACAACGGCUGGAUGAUUCAGCAGCUGGUCCAGAUGCUUUCGCUCGAAUCAAGGGGGUCCUUGAUGUGGGGGACAUAAUUGGCGCGCAGGGCACCCUGAAAAGAACGGAGAAGGGGGAGCUCUCCGUCGUUAUCAAGCAGUACAAGCUGCUGACCAAGUCCCUUCUCCCUCUGCCUGACAAGUGGCACGGUCUCACCGAUGUCGAGAAACGCUAUCGCCAACGGUACGUCGAUUUGAUCGUGAAUCCUGGGGUGGCUGACGUGUUCAGGACGAGAGCAAAGAUCACUUCCGUUUUAAGAAAGUUUUUAGAAGAAAGAGGGUUUCUCGAAAUAGAAACUCCGGUUCUGCAGGGUUCUGCCGGCGGCGCCGACGCUCGUCCGUUCAUCACUCAUCAUAAUGCUUUGGGCCGCGACAUGUACUUGCGGAUUGCCACGGAGCUGCAUCUCAAGAGGAUGGUGGUAGGUGGUUUUGAGAGGGUGUUUGAAAUCGGGCGCAUCUUUCGAAACGAGGGCAUUUCCACGCGGCAUAACCCCGAGUUCACGUCGGUGGAAGUGUAUCAAGCCUACGCAGAUUACUUCGACAUGAUGGAUCUGACGGAGGAGGUGGUGAGAUCUUGUGCGUUGGCGGCUUGUGGAGGACUGGACAUCACUUACCAAGGCGUGCAGAUCGAUCUGUCGAUCCCGUGGCGGCGGGCGACGAUGCACGACCUCGUUCGAGAGGUGACAGGUGUCGAUUUCUCUGCGUUUGGCGAUGAUGACGUGGCAUUGGCGCGCUCUGCAGCGGCGCAGGCUCUUGGAAGGUCCACGUCCACGUCAGUCUCGGCUUUGUUCGCCGAUUGCCCCUCCGUUGGCCACGUGUUGAAUGAGCUGUUUGAGCAAGCGGUUGAGCAGACCCUAAUCCAACCGACCUUCGUCCUGGACCAUCCGAUCGAGAUCUCUCCGCUUGCUAAACCCCAUCGUAGCCGACGUGGCGUCGUCGAGCGAUUCGAGUUGUUCAUCUACGGUCGGGAAAUGGCCAACGCGUUCUCGGAAUUGACGGAUCCGAUCGAUCAGAGGAGGAGGCUAGAAAGGCAGGUGCUCGCGCACAAUCAGAAGGUGGUUGAGGCGGCGGAGAAAGCCAAGUCCAAGGCGGGGGAGAUGGGGGAGGAGGAGGAGAGAGGUAGUGAAGAUGGAAAAAAGAAGGAUGGUGGGAGAGAAGGAAUGCAGGAGGAGGAGAAGAAGGAGGAGGAGGAGGAAGAGGAUGCUUACGAGGUGAAGAUGGAUGACGAUUUCGUGACGGCUCUUGAGUAUGGCAUGCCCCCGACGGCGGGAAUGGGACUUGGGAUCGACAGAUUGGUUAUGUUGCUUACAGACAGUGCAAGCAUUCGUGAUGUCAUCGCGUUCCCAAUUUUGAAGGUCCCGUGACGUGACACGUGUCAUCAUCAUCUUCUGCUUCUAUCUAUCUAUCUAUUUUCUUCCAAUUGGUUAAUAAUCAUUGUUGUCGUCCAUCCUCAAAACGAUACGGUCAUCUCCAAGCAAGCAACCGAUUUCCACGUGGCACGUGGCCGGCGACGCCCCACACCCAUCUCUGCAGCGAGCGAGAUGAAGGCAGAGAUACCCAGAAGGAUGCAGAAGAAAGGUGGGUACUCCGAAGAGUCUCUGCAGCAUACAUUAUGAACGUCUGGGAUGGCAGCGGACAUCUGGGAGAGGGGAAACCCCACUACUAACCAGGUAUCCCUGGUUGGAGAUAUGUUCCUGGGUACGUGAUCUCUGGUUCAUGUACGUGGAUCUCCUCAGAGCUGGACGAUACAACAGCUGUGCCAACAGGUGUCGCAAUUGGUGUCCCGAUAGGUGUCCCAACUGGUGUCUCAACUGGUAUCCUACCAGGUUUCCCAACAGAUAUCUCAACAGGUGUCCCAACAGGUAUCUCAACAGGUGUCCCAGCAAGUGUCCCAACAAUGUGCAACUAUGUCCCGACAGGUGUCCCGACUGGUGUCCCAACUGGUGUCCCAGCUGGCAUUUUCCGAACAGGUGUCCCAACUAGAUGUCCUGUCCGGACAGGUGUCCCAACUGGUGUUCCAACUGGUGUCCCAGCUGGCAUUGUCCGAACAGGUGUCCCAACUGGUGUCCCAACUAGGUGUCCCAACUGGCAUUGUCUGAACAGGUGUCCCAACUGGUGUCCCAACUAGGUGUUCCAACUGGUGUCCCAACUAGGUGCUCCAACUGGUGUCCCAACUAGGUGCUCCAACUGGUGUCCCAACUAGACACACAAAGCGAAGGCAAGACGCAUGAGGCUGCUGGUAUUUCCGCAAAACAGGGACCUACACAGGGUUUGGAGGGAAGCUUUAGUCAGAUUGCACGCAAUAGGUGAGGCGAGCAGGUAUCUGCUAGAUGAAUGAACGGGUGUGGGGGGUGUGAGAUACGUAUUAGUCAGUCAAAAGGCCAUGGAGUAGAUGAUAUCCAAAAAUAGCCAUGGCCAAGAGAGAGAGUAGCCGUAGCAAAGAAUAGCGGCCAAGAGAAUACACAGCUUGGCGACUAUUCUCUUUUAUCCUUCGUCAGAUCUCUUGGUUGCUUUUUCUCCUCCUCUUUGCGUCAUUCAACUCGCCUCAGCGUCUCUCCCUCCUCGAAAGCCUACUUGUUGUGUUUGCACUCUGUUGGCUAGGAAUAAAAACAUAGAGAUGUA